CAGGCCUGGGAGGCAGCCAGGCGAGGCGGGCAGGCGACACCAUGGGGUCUCGCAGGGUCCCUGAGUGGGGUGUAGGCAGACGGGUGGGGGGCGACAGUGAGGAUGAUGGGCCUGUGUGGACCCCCAGCCCUGCCAGCCGCAGCUACCUGCUCAGCCUUCGGCCCGAGACCAGCUUAUCAAGCAGCCGGUUGUCUCACCCCAGCUCUGGAAGGAGCACCUUCUGCUCCAUCAUUGCACAGCUCACAGAAGAGACGCAGCCGCUGUUCGAGACCACGCUCAAGUCCCGGGCUGUGUCUGAGGACAGCGAUGUCAGGUUCACCUGCAUUGUCACAGGGUACCCGGAGCCAGAGGUGACCUGGUACAAGGAUGACACAGAACUGGAUCGCUACUGUGGCUUGCCUAAGUACAAAAUCACUCACCAGGGCAAUCGCCACACCCUGCAGCUGUACAGGUGUCAAGAGGAAGAUGCUGCCAUCUACCAGGCCUCUGCCCAGAACACCAAGGGCAUCGUGUCCUGCUCGGGGGUCCUGGAGGUGGGGACCAUGACUGAGUACAAGAUCCACCAGCGCUGGUUCGCCAAGCUGAAGCGCAAGGCUGCGGCCAAGAUGCGGGAAUUGGAGCAGAGCUGGAGGCAGGGGAAGGAGGGGCCUGGAGAGGCUGAGGGGCUGCGCAAGCUCAGCCCCGACCGCUUUCAACGCAAGCGGCGCCUGAGUGGACCCGGAGUGCCCAUCCCCUCAGCCCCGUUUUCACCCGGGGAGGCUAAGGAUGAGGCCCCAGAAGUUUGGCAGGAGGGCGAGACAGAGUCUGUUCAGCACCCUGGUUUGGGCCUGAUCAACAACUUUGCUCCCGGCUGUGAGGCGCCCACCAAUGGGGAGCCUGUGCCGGAGAACGGUGAGGACCAGGAGCACGGGUUGCUGACCUAUAUCUGCAAGGCCAUGGAGCUGGAGCCGCCGAGAGCCCCCCAGAAAGAGUCUGGCGCCAAGAAGAAAAGGAAAGAUGAGGAAUCCAAGCUGGGGCGAAGGACAUUAGAGUCAGAGAAGACAGCCCGAAGUCACAACUCUGCAGAAAACUGUGUCCCCAGUUCAGACAAACCUGAUUCCGGGGGGACACAGCGGCCUAUGGGCACAGAGCAGGUUCAGGCCCAGAGCAGAGGCCGGGGACCUGGGUCCUCCAGGACAAAUAGUAUCGGGAAGCCAGCCCCUGCUGUGGACACUAGAGACAAAGCCCAUGAUGUCCCUGCCCGGAGCUCUGUCAAGGCCCCAGACACAGCCCCAGCCCCAAGCCCAGGCCAGGAGGGGUAUUUCUCCCUGAAGGACAUGUAUAUGGAGAGCACCCUGGAAGCCAGGCCUCAGGGACAGGGGGAGCCCUUGCCCCCUAGUGUCAGGGCACCUGCAGAGGGUCCCCCUGGGAAGAUGCCCAUCGGGUCCAGAGAUGCUGAGUUGCCUACCAAUCCUGGCCAGCACAGCCCCUCUGUGGCCCCCCAGCCUGCUCGGCCUUUCAACAGGAAGAGAUUUGCCCCUCCGAAGCCCAAAGGGGAGCCACAUGCCGAUAGCCAGCCCCCCUCUUCCUUGAAAGGAGCCCCAGAUCCUGAGGCCCAGAGCUCCAGGCAGGCCACACCUCAAGCCUCUGCCCAGGUGCCCACACCUCCUGCCCGCCAGAAGUACAGUGUGAGGGACAGCCCUGUGCAGGGGCAAGCAGGCCACAGGCCUCCAGGAGAGGAGCCCCAGGCAACCGCGGCUCAGACCAUAUCUGCCAGCAGCAGUGCCAAUGCAGACCCCACUGGCCACAGCAGUUCUGGAAGUCAAGGUGUUCUUGAGCCCAUGGAUAUCAAAGCCCAGGAGGACAGGAGGACACACACUGAUGAUGGGAGAACCAGAGGCAGGAAGAGUCCACAGGUGCAGGUGGUGGGGAGGACCGAGGGAGAGAGGGCGCACACAGCCCAGAGGACACAGGUGGAUGUUGUGAUGCAAGAAAGUGAGAGGCCCAAGUCAGACAGGAGUCCACAGAAGGAUGUGAUGCAGAGAAGGGUGGAGACACAGGUAGAAAGGAUACCGGCAGAUAAGAGGACACAAGAAAACAGGAGGACACAGGAAGGAGAGCAGACACAGCCAGAGGGCAGUGCCCCGCCAGCUACAGAAGGUCACCCAGAGCAGCAGUCUGUGACCAGCCUCAGCCUACCGCCCGGAGCCCCAGAGUCCCUGCCAUUAGAGGGUCCCAGGUCUUCUGAGAUUGCUGAAUGUCCAGCACAGACCCCAGAAGCAUCUUCUGCCCCAGAGAAACCUGGUUUUGUGCUCAGAUCUGAGGAGCCAUCAGUAAACACUUCCAGGAGCCAUGAGGACACUGUCCAGCAUCCCCUCCCAUCGAGCUUCCUGUGCCCAGCACAGCUGCCCUCAGAGGGGAGCUUGGAGCACAGGGGAGGAGAGAGGCACCUGGAGCCCGAGGAGUCAGUCCCGGCCAAGGCUGGGCAGGAGGAGCAGUGGGGGGCUGUGCCAUUUGUGGCCCUGGGUGGCUGUCCCCCAGCCGGCCCAAGCUUGGGGGUGUCCAUCAAGCCCCGUCUUCCUGGGCCUGGGCUGACCAAUAGCCCGAAGGAGGGGCUGCCCAGCACCCCAGGCCCUCAGCCCACAGGCACAGCUGGGCACCAGGCCAGGCUCAGUUCUGUCCCCACCUUACACCAGGGGCCAGAGCCCCACACUCAGAGUCCCCUGCCAGAAACCACGACCACCAGCAGCGAGGGGGCCUGUGCCAAGGAGCCCAUCAUUGAGGGGAGGCCUCCAGGAUCCCGGAGCUGUGACCCCGGCCUCAUCGAUUCCCUGAAGAACUACUUACUUCUCUUGCUGAAGCUGUCCAGUACAGAAUCCAGUGGGGUAAUGACCGAGUCCCUGGCAGCGGCUGCCACAGUGGGUACAGCACUGUCCCCGGCUCUGGUGCCUACUGUGGAAGUGGCGGGGCUGAGUCCCCGGACAUCGCGGCGCAUCCUGGAGCGUGUGGAGAACAAUCACCUGGUGCAGAGUGCACAGACCCUGCUGCUGAGCCCCUGCACCUCUCGGCGGCUCACUGGCCUCCUGGACCAAGAGGUGCAGGCUGGUCGCCAGGCACUGGCCACUGCCCAGGCUGCUCGGGGCCCUGGGCCCAGCCCUCUUUCGGUCCCUGCCAUUGUAGUGGGAGAGGAGGACCCCAGGGUAGCUUCAGAGGAGUCUCUUGAGGGGCCUGGCCUCCAGGGUGGGCAGGCAGCAGAGAGAAGGGCCCUUAGGCCCUGCCAGGAGGAGAGAGGCCCAGGGGAGGCUCUGCAGGGGCUCCCGGCAGCUACCCCUGAAGAAUUGGCUCUGGGGGCCCGGAGGAAGAGGUUUUUCCCUAAGGUCAGAGCAGCAGGAGAUGGUGAGGUGGCCAAGCCUGAAGAAAGGGAAAGCCCUUCAGUUUCUCCCCGGAGCCACAGGAAGAACCUGGCACCAGGGUCCCCUGGGACUCCGGGGCGGGAAAGGCGCUCCCCUACCCAGGGCAGGAAGGCCACGCUGGAGGUGCCCCGGGCAGAGGAGGAGCUGGUGGCUGGAGAACUGGGCUCCAGCCCCAAGACUGGAGGUCCCAAUGUAGAGCCUGGCCUGGAUGAAGACACACAGGAUGCUGCAGCCAAGACCCAGAAAGCCAAAGACCUGCUCAAAGCCCCUCAGGUGAUCCGGAGGAUCCGGGUGGAGCAGUUUCCGGAUGCCUCCGGUAGCCUAAAGCUCUGGUGCCAGUUCUUCAACAUCCUCAGUGACUCAGUCCUGACUUGGGCCAAGGACCAGCAUGCAGUGGGCGAGGUGAGCAGGAGUGCAGGGGAUGAAGGGCCAGCGGCCCUGGCCAUCGUGCAGGCAUCCCCUGUGGACUAUGGGGUGUACCGGUGCACCAUCCACAACGAGCAUGGCUCAGCCUCCACUGACUUCUGCCUCAGCCCCGAGGUGUUGUCUGGAUUCAUCUCCAGGGAAGAAGGUGAAGUUGGAGAAGAGAUUGAGAUGACCCCCAUGGUGUUUGCUAAGGGUCUGGCUGACUCUGGUUGCUGGGGGGACAAGCUGUUUGGACGACUGGUGAGCGAGGAGCUCCGAGGGGGUGGACAUGGGGGUGGCCUGCGGAAGGCCUCCCAGGCCAAGGUCAUCUAUGGGCUGGAGCCCAUCUUCGAGUCGGGCCGCACAUGCAUCAUCAAGGUGUCCAGCCUGCUUGUGUUUGGGCCCAGCAGCGAGACCUCCCUCCUGGGCAGAAACUACGAUGUCACCAUCCAGGGUUGCAAGAUCCAGAACAUGAGCCGGGAGUACUGCAAAAUCUUCGCAGCAGAAGCCCGGGUGGCCCCCGGCUUUGGGGAGGUGCCUGAGAUCAUCCCUCUCUACCUGAUCUACCGGCCUGCCAACACCAUCCCGUAUGCCACCCUGGAGGAGGACCUGGGGAAAUCCCUGCAGUCCUACUGCUCCCGGGAAGGGGGCUGUACAGGGUUGCCAGCAGCACUCAGCAGCUCUGAGGUUGUGCAGAAAUGCCAAGCCUUCCAGCACUGGCUGUACCAGUGGACAAACGGCAGCUUCCUCGUCACAGAUUUGGCAGGGGUUGACUGGAAGAUGACUGAUGUGCAGAUUGCUACCAAGCUUCGAGGAUACCAAGGCCUCAAGGAGAGCUGCUUCCCAGCCCUGUUGGACCACUUCGCCUCCUCCCACCAGUGCAACACCUACUGCGAGAUGCUGGGGCUCACAGCCCUCAAGGGCCCUGAAGCUGCCCACCCCCAAGCCAAGCCCAAAGGCUCCAAGAGUCCAUCUGCUGGUAGGAAAGGCACCCAGCUGAGUCCACAGCCCCAGAAGAAAGGUCCCCCUAGUCCUCAGGGAGCCCGAAGGAGCGUGCCAAGCCCCAAGGCCACCUCCCAGGCCUUGGAAGCAGCAGCUGUCCAGGUACUGGGGCAGCCUCCCUCCCAAGAGGGGGGCUCCAAGGCCCAGCGGUAGCCCCAGCAGGGGCUGGGGGCCUCCACCCAGCAGCAGAACAACCAGGAAGCAGCUUGAACCAGACGGAGAUGUUCUCGAGACUGCACCAGCGGAAAAGGUGCCCUGAGCAGGCACCUCUUGGGGACUUCUCUGAGCAGCCUCCCUCCGUCAUCACUCUUCUGAUGGCUUUGGCCAUGGUGCAUGGCCACCGGCCUCUCCUGGUGCCAUUGUCACCCAGCGUUCCCAGGCCUCAAGUGGGACCCACCUCCAAGUGCCUGGCGGCUUCGGCCUCCUAGAAGUUUACACUCACCACUGCUGGAGGCUCCCCGAGUCCUCUGCAUGCGUUCUGCACCCCGACCCCUGCCCAGCCAGAUGCAGCAGCAAGCGCUGCCAUCUGAGGCCUAUAUCAUGCUGAUCCCUGCUUGACCCUGCCCUCUUCCUGUCUUCAGGGCUUCAGACUCCUCUGUGGGGUCUGGCUUGUGACUCUCAGGGUGACUUCUUCCAGCUACUUUGCCACAUCCAUCCCACCUAUCCUGCGCCUAACCUGUCCACAAGCCUGGAUGGGGCUCAGGGGCAUUCUGGAGCCGGUUGUGUCCCUGGGCAGCAGUCUCUGUUGAUGCCUGUUCCUGCAUUCCCUCUCCAUCAUUGUCACUCUGGUCCCUGCUCACCUGCUUUGAGCCCCUGCAGUCUGCCCUUCCGACUCUGCUUGUCCCUGCCCCCUGGCUCUUCUGGGCCUGGCCUGCACAGUGCCUGCCAGUGUCUCUGCCUUGUUCCCCUGGCUCUCAUCCCUGCCUGUCCCCAGCUUUCUGCUCUCAAGCUCCAGCUGGCAUGAGGAGGGUCAGAGAGAGGGCGUUGACUUUGAGGCACCUUGUGCUCCAUCCUGGAAGGAGGGGGUCAUGCUGAAUUUUAUAUCCCCCUCCAAAGGGAUGGAGGUCUAGGAUCGUCCUUGUGGGUAUCCUAGGAAGGUCCAACCCAGUCAGCUGCAAUCUUGGGAAUGGGGAGCCCUGCCUCCAACCAUUCGCUCUUAAUCCUGGGCACCAGUGCUGGGCUCCCCUGUAUGGACUUCUGAGGAGUUUCUGUGCUGUACCUGGUGCCUUAGGUCCUUCUUGGACACCCCUCCCUGAGACCCGGCAUGGGCAGUCUGGAGCUAGCUUGCUCCCCUUGGAAUGCAAUAAAAGCAGUGACCAUG